AUGCUAAACAACUGUUAUACUCUUCGUCAUAGUCCUGUAUUCAGAAAUCCAAAAUCAAAUGUUGCAGUAUAAUAAUUAACUACUCUAAUUAAUGAAACUGCAGGUCGACUAUCUCCACUUCAACCAUAAGUCAAAAAAAUAAUUGGAAUUAAAAAAAAUUCAUCAACUGAUCAUUAAUUACCUCUUUGUGAAGUACCUUUUCAAACUAAUUUUUUUGCAUAACAUGAAAAUGAUCUAUCUUAUUCAAAUAGAAGCAAUAUUUAAACAAAUAGAUAAUUUAGUAGAAAUUAAAGAACUUAAAGUGUUUAUACAGGUAAUAAAGAAAACUUUGUAAGAAGUCCAACUAGAAGUCCAUUCUCUAAACCUCUUAUUCAAAAAGAUUGUUAUACUCCUAUUUAUAAAAGAAGUCCAAUUUAAAGAGUGUAAUCUCCUGGUAUUAUAUAAGGCAUAAGAUAAACUAAUCAUUAAGGUUUUGGAUCAAUAAGUCCUUUGAGAAUAUAACAUAAACCUAAUUAUAGAGAACCUUUGUCUGAAAUGGUUGAUAAUUUAAAACAAAAUAUUUUGAGAGACAUUUAAGAAGUUACUAAAAAAUAUUCAAAUACAAUCAUAUAAGUCAAUUAAUAACCAGAUAAAUUUAAAUAAGAUAUUAGAGAAGUAAGGUAUGAUGAUUUAAAAACAUAAGAAUUCAAAAAGUAAAAAUAUCUCGAAUAAUAAGCAAUAUUAUUGCAAUAAUAAUUAGAAUUAAUUAAAUAAUAAUAAUCAAAGCUAGCUGUUUAAAAUAAACAAAGCUUUUGUUCUCAAGAAAAUCUUAUUAAUCCUACACUUGAAACUAAUAAAUAAUAUUAAUUAAAAUAAAAUGACUUAACUUUCUUAAAAUCGUUAGAAAACUAAAAUAAAUCAUAAUCCUUUGUUGAUUAAUAAAGUAAUUUUCAAAGUCUUAGACAAGAUCCAACUUAAAAGAUUAAAUAAAUUUAGGAGAUUAAAAAAUUUACUUAUGAUCCAUAAUAUUAAAUGUAGGUUUCUUAACAAUAAAUUGAAGAGAAAACACCAAUACAAAAUACUAGUAAAUUCAAUUAAUAAAUUGACUAUUUGUAAAAGUUGAAUAAUAAGAUUGAAUCUAUUUAAAAACAUUAAAAUCAAUUAUCAGAUUAUUUGAAACCUUAAGAAACUAAAUUAAAUGAUGAGUAUUCUAAAACAAAUAGAUUUUAAGAUUAAUAACAAUAAUAAAUAAAUACUCCAGAUUUGUAUUAAGAAAAAAUUAUUUAAACUUAUUUAUAAUCUCCAACUAAUUUUAAUUAAGAAAAAUUAUAUACAGUUUUUUAACCAGCAAAAAAUGGUUAUUCUCCGAUUGCGAAUCGAGAACAUCUUUCAUAAAAUAAAGAAUCUACUCAUAAUAUAUUAAAUAAUAAUAAUAAAUUAUUAGCAACUUUGAAUUCUUAAAAUGAAUUAUAAAAGUUAAAGAAUUUACAAUUAGAGCUGAUGUAAAAUAAGCCACUAUUUGAAUAACCAAAAUAAUCAAAAACUGAAUUUAAUUUUAACAAAUAGCAAGAAAUAUUUGAACCAAAAACUGAAAAAAAUUGUUUUACUACUUUUGCAUAAACUCAAUAAAUUUAAGUCGAGAAAAUUAACUAGUAAGAAUCUAUUUAAGAAAAUAAUUAUGAAAACCUUAAUUUUAAUAAAACUAAAUUUACUUCUAAUAUUAAAUAAUUAUACUAGUAGUAGUAAUAAUAAUAGUAAUAAUAGUAGUAGUAAUAAUAAUAAUAAUAAUAGUAGUAGUAGUAAUAAUAAUAAUAAUAAUAAUAAUAAUCAUAAUAGUUGUAAUAAUAAUAAUAAUAAUAAUAAUAAUAAUAAUAAUAAUAAUAAUAAUAAUAAUAAUAAUCAUAAUAGUUGUAAUAAUAAUAAUAGUAGUAGUAAUAAUAAUAAUAAUAAUUCUAGUUAUAAUCUAAGUACAUUUAAUUUUAAAACUAAUAAGAGAAAUUAUAAGCAUUUUCAGACAUAAGUAAAUAAUUAAAAUAAUAAAAAUUACCAGCUUAUUUGAAAGGAGCUGAUGAAACAGAUGAUGAUGUGAAUAAUUAAAUUACAAUUAGUAAUUUAUCUUCAAUUAUUCCAGCUGAGAUCUCUGCAAAUUAAAAUAAGAAAAUUAAUGUUUCAUUUGAAAGCAGUAUAGAAUAAUAAUAAUUUGAUUAUCUAAAAGGAUCAGAUUGCAGAAACACAUUCGGACCAUUAUAAUUAGAAACAAUUUUAAAAUCUCCAAAAAACUUUCAUGAAAUUAGACCAGAAUAAAAUUCUCCUUGUCAACCUGAAUUUGAUUUAAAUAGUUCAAGACAGUAAAAAUAGAAUCUUAAUAACUAUUAAGAUAUAUUAUAUAAUAAUAAAUAAGAUAAUAUAAUUGGUAGAGAAUGUACAAAUAAUAAUGAAAGCGAAAAGAAAUAAACUGAAUAAAAUUAUGAUGAACCAAUAAAGCACAGUGAUUUAAUAGAAUAAAUAGACACUAUCGAAAAGAUAGUAAAAUCUUAAUCUAAUUCUAGGUAGUCAAGAGAUAUAAGAUCUUUAGAAAAUUAAUCAAAACAUAAUAGUAAAAUCUAAAAUAGUAAUUCAACAUAAAAAACAAAGAGUCCAAAAAAUAACAGUGUUGUUAAAUAAAAAUAAAAUUUUAGUCCUAUUGGAACUAAAAAUUCAAUUAUAGUUUAAGCUUUUUAAAGAGAUAGUCCAAGCAAUAGAAUAGGAACGAAAGAGAGUGAAAAAAAUAAAAAUUAAAUAAAAUCUCAAUAAAGUAUAUUGGAUAAUAAAAGUUAUGAUAAAAUAUCUUCAGGAUAAAGUUAAAGAUAUAGUGAUUUUAAAGAUGAUGAUACAAAUUAAUUAGAUAAAGAUAAACAAGAAUAAGAAUAUUCUUCAAAUAAUUCAUCAAGAUAUGAAUAAAUGUUACAAAAUUUUUAAAGUAUAAAAAAUUAAUCUAGAAUUGAAUAUUAAUAAGAAAAUGAAGCAUUUAAAUAAUCAAUGUAAAUGAAUGAAUGUCAACACAUCAGUGAUUUUGUGAUAUUUAGUGAUAAAUAAAAUGAAAAUCAAUAGGAGAUAGUGAAAAAGAAAACUGUUACAUUUAAUGAACAAUUAAUUUAAUAAUCUCCUAGUGAAAAAGAAAAACUAUAAGUAGGAACAAAUUUUAGUGAUUUUAUGAAGAAUAAAGCUUUAGAUAUUGUCUCAUCUGAUUCAAUUCCAGUAAUUCCUUAAGAUGCUUUUACCUUGACUUAAUUAUAACCAAAAGGAGGAAUAAGUAAAUAUAUUAAUAUAUUAUUAGGUUUUCUAUAAUACAAGUAAUAGUUAGAAAAUUGA